AUGCCAGGGCACACCACCUCCAUGAGCUACCCUACUAGUGGGAUUGUCUUUGGGAACAUGCUGGCCAACCCAGGUGGAAUUCCCGCCUUCAAAUUCCAGUCCCGUCGAGACAGCGUUGACUGGAGGCGGUUCAGUGCUAUAGACGUGGAACGGGUGGCUCGGGAGCUGGACGUGACCACGCUCCAAGAGAACAUUGCCAGCGUCACCUUCUGUAACCUGGACUCGGAGAAGUGCCCGCACUGCCAGCAGCCCAUAGACCCGGUUCUCUUAAAGGUCCUUAAGAUGGCACAGCUGACCAUCGAAUACCUGCUGCACUCGCAGGAGUACCUGACUGCCAGCCUGGCGCUGCAGGAGGAGCAGUUGCAGGCUACCCUGGAGGAGCUGAAGCGCACCAAGCAGGAGCAGGACAAGCAGGCAGAGGAGUUGAAGGGAGUGAAGGAGGAGAGCCGGAGGCGGAAGAAGAUGAUUGCCACCCAACAGCUCCUCUUGCAGGCUGGGACCAAUAACUACCACAAGUGUCAGCUAUGUGACAAGGCCUUCAUGAACUACUCCUACCUCCAAGCCCACAUUCAGCGCAGACACACUGAGGCCAGCGAAGCUGAGAGACAGAAGAAGAAGCAGGUGGAGCAAAUGGAGGAUGAGAUUCAAGAACUAAGAAUGAAGCUGAAAGAGACCCAUACCCAGCUGGAAAUUGAGAGAGAGGCUGAGACUCAGCGCAGGGUUCAGGAAGCAGAGAAAGUUCGCCAGAGGGAAGAGGAGGGAAGAAGGGAAUUUGAGAGAUGGAAAGAGGAGGAGAGAACAAAGUUUCAGGAGGAAAUGGAUGGCCUGCGGCAGUUGUUCCUGACAGAAUUCAAGGACAUUGCCAGCAAGAACUCUGCCUUGGAAGGGAAACUGCAGGAGCUGCAGGCCAAAAACCUGGUGGCGUCCAAUCUGGGGGUCCUGCGGGAUGAUGACUCUGAUGACAAGCGGCAGUGGGCACUGACUCAGAGAGAGCUCCAGGGCAUGAGGGAGAAGACUGAAUUACAGAAAACAGAAUGGAAGAAGAAGCUGAAGGAGCUUCAGAAGGAGCACCAGGUGGAAAAGGAAGAGUUGAAGAAUGAAAAUGAGAGACUCCGGGCCUCCCUGUCUCAGGACCAACGGAUAGCUGCCGACCGCUUCCAACAGCAAAUGGCCUCGCUCAAUGCUCGGCUCAAAGAGCAGACCAAGGUUAUCAGAUCGCAGGAGAAAACAAUCAAGAUGCUGUCUGCAAGCAAAGCUGAAGUGACCCAGGAAAUACCCAGGGUACCAGAUCUAGAGGAGUCUUCUGAAGAAGACUUGGAGGACACCCUGGACAUGAAGCAGAGGCUCCUGGAAGCCCUGCGGAGGAAUCCCAACCUGCUGAAGCAGUUCCGCCCCAUUCUGGAGGAGACGUUGGAGGAGAAGCUGGAGAGUAUGGGUGUGAAGAGGACUGUGAAGGGGAUUCCAGCUCAGACCUAUAAAAAUCUGAGCUGCCUCGUAAAGACUCAGCAGCAGCAGAAGGCCAAGAAAUUUCCAAAUCUCCUCAGCUUGAGGGACAAGCUAGUCCAAGAGGUCACCUGGAAAGUCAAGCAGCGCCAGAAGGAUGAUGGCGUUUUGCCACAGCAACUUUUGAUAGUCUCAGCUAAAAGCCAGAAGAGCCCCCUGUCGCCUUGCCGGGUCGCAUCUGCCCAGCCUAGAGCGCUGCAAGUUGAGUUACAGCCCUAUGCGGAGGAGACGCCCAAACCAGCUCCUCGGAGCAAAACCAGCUAUUCCCACAGCCCAACAGAGGUGCCCAGAGUAAUGCCACAAAGCAAAGCCAGCAGCCCACGACGUGCUGCCAUCCAGCAGCCGAGCACCCCACCUUUCAGUUCCGAGGAAGACUCAGGGGGAGACCGCGCCAGCCUCACCCCAGUGAAAUUCAAACAUCCCAUCACCCUGCAGCAAGCGCAAACGCCUUUGAGGCUGACUCAGAAUGACGAAACCGCAUCAGACUGGUCUGACAUCGAUUCCUCUGAGGGAAAAGCCAGCCCAGCCAUAGGAACCACUCCAACAGGGACGCUGGUGUCUGCAAUGGCUAAAAAUCUGGAGCGCACACUGAGCAUGCCAGUAAGGAAGCCUGCUGGUGGAAUAAAACUCCUCCCCGCCUUGCCCUCUGACUCUCCUAAAGCGAGUCUCUCAGCCAAGAAACUCCAGUUUGUGGAUGAGAACAGCGACUUGGAGACUUCCUCCCUUGAAGAGAUCACCCAACUCCUGGAUGCCAAGAGCCAGACGAAGCAGCAGCGGCAACCAGCUGUGAGGCACAGCGGGGACUCGGCAGGGUCGCAGGGCACCAGCGUCUGGAGUUCCAGCAGCACGAGGGCUGGAGGCUGGUGA